AGGAGCAUAACCUUCGCUGUGGGGCUCACUGUCACGACAAAGGUGGGAGAAACGCUUUCGCUUUUCAGCCGAUUUCCGACUUGCGAGUCCUGCUUCGAGAUAGUCUCCACCAGAGUCUCAAUCACGUUGGAUCCCCUCGUUCGAUCGACCGAUCAACCUGUUUCUCUUUUAACAGGUCAGCUUCUCAGUAUUUAGUUGUCCCUUCGUCACGAUCCUCGUAUUCGAUACUGCGUUCGUGACAUUCGUGAAUCUUGUCGCGUAGGAACCGUGAAAUGACAUCCUGCAGCCUCGUCAUCGGGAUAUCGUGAGACGAACCAUUAUUCUCAUAAAAAAAUUAAUUUCUCGAGGGAGAAGCGCGAUUCUAACUGGAUCCAUCGAGUGAGUAAAUUUUCAGAGUUCGUUCAAGAGUGACAAAGCCUUGUCAGCGAUCUCAUGGAGCGGCUAGGAGACCAGGAUGUCUGCAUCGUUCCAACCAAAUCGAGAGAAUUGCCGCAUUUGAAGAUAGGCAGCUCCGUGUUGAAGGCCGAUUUCGACGAAGGCGAUGACUUCUACAGGGAAAAGACGAAGAACGAGUUACGCGAGACGCCAGAAGUCGUGGAACAGGCGUUGAAGGACUUCAAGGCGAUGUACAAAGAUGAACCCGAUCUGUUCGUGCCGGAUGACGAUGAAUUUUGUCGGAAGUUCCUACGACCCUGCAAAUGGUACCCUAAAAGUGCCUUUGAACUGAUGAAACGGUUUUACAAGUUCAAGUUGAACAAUCCACGCUACUGUUUAAAUCUCUUACCCAGCAACGAGAAGAAGGUGCUGUCUUCAGAUAUGGUGAUUCCGUUACCAGAUCGUAUGGCGGAUGGCUGUAGAGUGCUUCAGGUUAACUGUGGGAAAGCAUGGAACACAAAAGCCAUCAGUAUCGAUGAAAUAUUCCGAUCGAUCAUACUGUCACUGGAAGCGGCUAUGGCUGAACCCAAGACACAGAUUGCUGGAAUCCAUGUAAUUUUAAAUAUGGACGGCCUAACAUUGAACCAUGUGACACACAUUACUCCGAGUUUCGCCGCCUCAGUAACGGAUUGGGUACAGAGAUGUUUACCCUGUCGGCUGAAGGGUAUCCACAUAGUGAAUCAACCCUUUAUAUUCAACAUGGUUUACGCUAUCUUCAAACCUUUCCUUCUGGAGAAAACACGCAAGAGGCUUCACUUUCACGGAACAAACAGAGACACUUUAUUGUCUUUCAUUAAUGCGAAAGCUUUGCCGAUGGAAUUCGGUGGCGAACUCGAGAUGCCGAACGAAUCGAUUGGUCAAGGUGUUUGCGAUUAUUUCUGCUGGUUCGAGAAGGACUUCGAAGCUGCCAGUAAAUAUGGAUAUGUUAAGAGUACAAAAUGAGGAGGGACAGGGUGUAAUAAGCGUUCAAUUUGAAACAAGAUAACAGAGAUUUUAAGGUAAAGUGAUUGUUUUCAUUGAAUAAGUAUAACGAAAUGGGGGAAACGGGUGAUAAGAAUUGGAAGAAAUCACGAUUUAAAUAUCAAAGAAGGAGGAGGAUGAGAGUUCGAGUAGUUAUCAUUAUAGAUAGAUCGAUGAUCUUUAUGUUCGCGUUGGAUAACAUUUAUUUGAGAAAUAUGAAAGGUAGAUAAACGAAUUACAACGAUGAGCGUAUCGAAGUGAUAACGAAGUUAUCUUGUAAUUAUUCUUGUUAUUAAUAAAUAUUGUUAUUAAUAAAUAUUUCGUGAUUUCAAAUGCGACAAAUGUAACGGGCAAUAUACGUUGUUAUUAAUAUUGUUACUUGGUUUAAUAAAAUAUAUAACCAAUAAAUACAUAUAAAUCAUAGUCGUGGUAAAUAAUUGUGAUAUUGAUGGUUCUUUGUAUAAUUGAUUGACUACGAAUAUAUUUUUAAUAAAAAAAUGUUGAUCGAAACAAAAAUAAAGGUAAAGCCUAUGUGCGGUUAUUAUAUGUAAUUACUUUAGUUUUUUUUUUUUUUAAUACGCAUUAAGUACAUAUUUUACAAGUGUAUAACCUUGUGAUAAACCCACUUUGUUUAACAAUAAAUUAAUCAACAUGUUGAUAACUUAAUUUAUACGAAACAUAUCAGCUGGUAGAUUCUUCUGAAGUUUUGGGGAACUUUAUGUUAAGCAAUUAAGUUAACAACACUAUGUAUAAAUCGUAUUUCACUUUUAACAAGUUUACAGUAUAUCAUUUUAAAAAAAUACAUCGAAGUACGUAUUAAAAUAAUACGAAAAUAGGAUAAAAUAUAGUACCAUAAAUAUCGGUUUAAUAUCAUAUAAAAUUACUCUAAUCUAUAACGUAUAAAAUCCUGAUAACUCGAUUAUUUAU